CUGCGACGUGUGCCCCCUUGGGGGAGAAACGUUUUAAAUUCCCUUUUCUCAAGUGUUUAGGACCAGAUACCCUUUCCCGCCAUGGUCGACACUGAGCAUAGCGGAGGUAGUCCUAAGCUUGUCGUGACCCCUUACGAGCUACAGCAGCAAUCAGACCUUGUCGACAGCGAAGGUCUGGAGUCAGCCGAGAACGCUUCAUCUAAGGCCAUGCCGUCUGUGAAAACGGAGGUAGAUCAUACGGGUCAGAAGGACGUUGGCAAGAGAACACGAAGAGGCAGUGAAAGCAGCGGUUCUAGUUGGGAACUUCCAAUGCGACCCAAAAAACGUAUUUGCAAGAAAGAGGAUGAUUCGGGAGCAAAAAGCACCACGGUACCGCCGAAGCUCGAGUCCAGCUCGACAAACAAAGCAGCGAAAUUGACGUCGAAAACCACCACUGGAUAUACGCCAGCGGAAGAUAUGCGCAUCGUGCUCCUAAAAUCUCAAGGCAUGCGUUGGGGACAAAUCGCCUCCUACUUACCCGGGCGUACUUCAGACGCCGUGAGAAAGCACCAUGCCUCAUCAUUGACUGGUCGUACAUUGGAAAGUUUCAGAAGCCAAGGUUCUGGCAAGACGUAUACCAAGGAGGACGACCAGCUUAUCUCGUUCCUGAGAGUGGAGAAGAAGAUGGGGUGGAAGGAGGUGGCUAAUAUAUUUGGGAAGAGUCCAGACGCUGUACGUAAACACUACGAGGGGAUGAUGGCGAAGGGGAGAUGAGCGUAGGCGAGGGUGUCACACGUUCCACUAUAUGAGAUAACGGU